AUGGGUCGCGAACUGCAAAAGAAGAAGAAUAGAUCUGGAAAUUCUAAGAUCAAGCUCAAGCCAAAGUCCAAGCGUAUUAAUCCAUUGGGCAAUGCAAUUAUCGCCGCAAACUGGAGACAAGAUGAAACCCUCACACAGAAUUAUCGCCGUCUCGGUCUAACCAGUCGUCUCAAUACCGUUACCGGUGGUAUCGAAAAGAAACAAGCGGGACCCGAAUCAAAAACCUCCACUACAAGCAAACUCUCCAUUUCAAACACAAUUCCGAAGACUUUCACCCCAACCGAAGCACGGGUAGUAAGAGAUCCCGAGACCGGAAAGAUCAUAAGAGUUAUCCAUGAUAACAAGAAGGAAAAUCCAUUGAAUGACCCUCUGAACUCAGAUGACGAGGAUGGAGAAGGAUUCGAGGGUUUCGGUAACGAGGGAUCCGCGUCAGGGAACGAUAUUGUGAAGAUGUUGGAGGAACAAGCAUCCAGAGCGGGCGAGAAAAGGGAGAGGAAACAGAGCGAAAGGGAGAAGGAAUGGAUUGAAAACUUGGUGAAGAAAUGGGGGGAGAACUACGGAUCGAUGGUUAGGGAUAGAAGAUUGAACCCUAUGCAACAGACGGAGGCGGAUAUCAGACGACGAGUUCAGAAGUGGAAGGAGGCUGGCGGUGCUGUUAUUAUCGAAGCGUGA